CAACUUUCCUGGCUGGGGGGGAGAGGAGACGGGCGCAUUCAAGCUUGCUUGGCUCCUACUUACGCCCUUUCUUUGCUCUUUACGACCCUCGUUCCCGCUGUGAUUGAUACCCGUUGCCGCUCGUCUGGUUCUUCCAAUUGUUGCGAUUGAAGUGCGAGGAUUCGAGAGCGCGUUGCAUCUGCUUCUACAUCUGCGCCCACGCUGACCUUACGGACGCCCGGCGCAUUGCAAUUGUCAUAGAUAUCUUCUUAUCCCUACGAAUAGCUUCCUGCAUCCCUCGUUACCCUACCCUGCUCUAUUCUACCCUCGACCAACCAACACCAUGGACGGCCAGCUCGACAAACACCAAGAUCCCAGCGGUGUUGUAGGGGUUGGACAAGGGCCACAGGUCAUCAGCACAUCAAGUGGCCUGGACGUCAUCUUGGGGCCGCUCCUGAACUACAGGCGCACCAGCAACCAGCAGACGGGACAGCCCAUCUGGCACGGCAGUGUUUUGAUUGUCGCUACGCCCGGACAGCAGAGCCCACACCUUGUCUUGUCACCGGCUGGCGCAGUUGAUCCCAAUGUCGCCAAUGCGAGGUUCACCGCAGAUAGCAGGAGUUUCCACGGAGAGAAGCUGUACGAGGACACAGACAAGGCCUUCUGGCGCUUCCUCCUCGAAGUUCCCUUCCAACAGUUCGAGUCGCGAUGGAGAUACGACAUCGAGGGCUUGGUCUACGUCGACCGCAAGGCAGCCGAGAAACCCCAGAUCUUUGCUAUACCCUCCAUCUCCCAGUCCAUGCGCAUCAUGUUCCACUCCUGCAACGGUUUCAGCGUUGGUACUGAUGUCGACGCCUGGUCGGGACCCGCGCUUUGGAACGAUGUCUUGCGCAUGCACGAGCAGAGGCCCUUUCACGUCAUGAUUGGCGGCGGUGACCAGAUCUACAAUGACGGAGUGCGAGUCGACGGCCCGCUGAAGCCGUGGACUGCUAUCCAUAAUCCCCACCACCGACGCGAGUAUCCGUUUGGCGAGCAGAUGCGCGCCGACUGCGACGAGUACUACUUCAAGAACUACGUUAGGUGGUAUGGCCAGAAGCCUUUCUCUACUGCGAACAGCCAGAUCCCGCAAGUCAACAUCUGGGAUGACCACGACAUCAUCGACGGCUUCGGCUCGUAUACCGACCACUUCAUGCAAUGCCCUGUGUUCAGAGGCAUUGGUGGUGUUGCGCACAAGUACUAUCUCCUUUUCCAGCAUCACCUAGCUCCGCCGAAGAGCACCUUCACCACAGAUGCGCCCAAGACGACGGACGUGGCGCCGCUCAAGACAACGCCUGCGGAUCCCGUACAGCUAGAAAAGACUUUCGUUAUGACGGAUGAUGUGGGCGACCCGUCGUACCUCAUUGGACAUAAGCCAGGACCAUAUGUUGAAGAGCGCAGCCGGAGCAUAUACUGCCAGCUUGGCGCGCGCAUCGCCUUUGCCGGUAUUGAUGCGCGAACGGAGCGCACAAGGCAUGAGAUCAACUACCCAGAAACGUACAAGAUGCUAUUUGAUCGCCUGGACAAGGAGUUUUCGGCCAACAAAGACCUCAAGCACUUGAUCCUGUUGCUCGGUGUACCCAUUGCCUAUCCUCGUCUCAUCUGGCUCGAGAAUAUCCUGCAAUCUCCCCUCAUCGCACCAAUCAAGUUCCUGAACAAGCGCUUUGGCUGGGCGGGUGGCUUCUUCAACCAGUUCGACGGCAAGGUCGAUUUGCUCGAUGACCUGGACGACCAUUACACGGCGCGCCAGCACAAGACGGAGCGCCGCGAGCUUGUCCAAAUGUUGCAGAAUUUCUCCAAGAAGUUCUCAGCGCGUGUCACUAUCCUAGGCGGCGACGUGCAUCUCGCAGCCAUUGGACGUUUCUACUCGAACCCGAAAUUGGCGAUUCCAGCCGAGCAGGACUGGCGGUACAUUCCGAACAUUGUCAGCUCUGCCAUCACGAACAAGCCGCCGCCACAGGCCGUUGCAAACCUGCUAGCAAGGAGGAACAAGAUCCACCAUCUAGACCACGACACAGACGAGACGCUCCUCGAGAUCUUCGACCGCGACCCACAGCUCCCAGGUUCCGCAAACGACGCCAAUCCCGCUGCCAACGGCGUGACCCACACCCCGACCAACGUCACCUUGGGCGGCACAAAAGUAGAGAAGAAGACUUCUGAUAAAAACCACGCGACAAUGCCGUCCCGCAACUACGCCAUCAUCUGCGAAUCCACCGCACCGCCUUCCGCGACGCUUUCCGCGCCCGGUCCCGCGCCUGGCCAAGCGCCCUCGCUGCACACCAAUGGCGACGCAGCGAGUACGCUCUCUGCGCCCCCUGGCAAAAAGGACAAUCCCCGCCACCCCAUUCAUGUCGGCGAGCAGGGUGCUGGCACACAGCAUCCAGCUGCGAAUGGCCUGCAGUCCACGGGCUUGUGUGGACCGUAUGGCUUGGAUGUCACGCUUCGAGUCGAGGUUAGCAACCAGGAUCGCGAGGGCAAGACGGAUGGGUAUGGGUUUAGUAUUCCGGCGCUUAGUGUCAGUGAGGGGUUGAGGGAUCAGGGGACGAAGUGGUGAGAAGGA